AUGGCACAGGGUUUGGAACCUGGCCCUGAACAGCAGAUGCACCUAGCCGUUCGGCUUCAGAAGAACCCGCCGUCUUUGUGUUCCUCCAAAGAGUUCACGGCACGAGCAGUCCUGACAGAUUUCAUACUCCCAACCCAGCAAGAGGCGCCACACUCAACACGAGCUUCAGAUACGAACUCGGGGCUGGGUUUCACGACGAGGGACAUUGGCGGACCUAAGCAUUCGUCGGUAUAA